AGUCGCCGUUUGGCUCUGCCAGGUUCUCUUUUUGCUGGCUCAAGCUUGGUGGCUCAAACCGGGUAGCUUUGGCAGAGCAGGCGACCGCCACAAUGGGGUCGGGCAUGGUCUUACUGCACUCGUCGGCUCGUGCCCGCCCAUUUCCGGAGAGGCCCGAGCGGCUAGCGGGGUUAGGCCGGCGCCGAAAGGCGAUGACAGACAUGAUGGGUCACCGGCGUUGCACUUCCUUGCGGCGCUGCCGCCUGCAGAGAGGACGACGUUGCUGUCGCGCGGCAUCCGGUCGCAGCUGGAUCUGGCGGGCCUUGCGCCCACUGCUGUUCAUAAGAUGCUUGGCACGCCUUCGGAUGCUUUUCGUUUGGCGUGGGACCAAGCCAAGGGCCACCUCGCAUCAGCUACCUCUGGGGGAGAGCCGUCGAUCCCCAUCCAUAAGCUGUUCCCGAAGCGGACCGUCGAGGUCGAGGCCAAGUUGCGGUGGCAGCUGGAGCCGGGAGGUAGGCAGCGGCGGCCUGGUGGGACAGGCGAGUGGCGCAAGCCCAAGGUCAAUGUCACACAGGACGCGCUUGAUCUGCAGAGGCGGCAGAGGGCGGCAGCGCGGCUGAUGGUGAUUUUGCGGGGCAAUCUGGACCACAGCACCUUCAGGGCCGAAGCGUCGGAAUCAGGGACGGACAGGUGGUUGGCGCAUUAUGAACGCGUCAUGGCUACUUCUUUCGAGGCCGCAGGCAUGUGCCACGCCGCGCGCACAUGGGAGCGAUGGGUCAAGUGGGGGCGGAACCACGAGUGUCUGGGCGCCAUUGUCUUUGCUGGGCCCACCGCGCUAGAAGUCGCCCUAUGGCUGUCUGAUGUGGCCGGGGGAGGGCCAACGGCGGUUAGGGGGGUCCUUGUUGCAUUGCGUUGGCUCCAGGCGAAUCUCGGGUUCAAUGGCCUGCCUCUUGACUCGCCCCUGCUGCGGGGCACGACCGAGCAGCACCCGGAGAGGGUGUUGAGACAGGCCGUUGAGCUGCCAUUCAAAGUUUGGGUCCAGUAUGUCCAUCUUGCGUCCAAGGGCAAGGGGGCGAUCCAACUGAUGGCGAGGCUCAUCCUGUACGUGGCCACGAUCUCGCUGCGGUUCAAGCAUGCCCAACGCCACUCCUUCCAACAUCAGUUGUGCAGCUCCCGCACGCUGGUGGGAAGAGUGUCGAAGGGUAAGGUGUUGCGGGGCGCGGCCUUUUAUGUCGCAGGCCCGACAUAUGCAGCACCUGGUUGGCGGGCAUUUGGUGAAAUGUACGCAGUGCUGAACAAGCGGAUCCCCGACGCCACUUAUCUGAUCCCAGAUCUCGUCCUGCCUACGGGCUGUGCGGUGGAUGAGCUAGCGGACUUCAUUGAGCGGCCGAUGGGCUAUGCUGAGUUCACCGGCUGCCUAAGGUCCCUAGCGAUGCGUCCACCCUUGCAGCUGGCUCGGAGCGAGGUGCGAUCUAUAACCACUUAUUCCCUUCGCCGCAAGCUCGCGUCAAUAGCCGAUCGAAUCCAGCUGCCCCUCGAACGUCGGGCAGAGCUGGGAGAUUGGCGGGACCGCGUGGCUGAUGGGCAGGGCGGGUGGAAGGCGACAAGGGAGCCAAUGUGUGUUCGGUAUUCUGCGGCUCGGCUUGAGACAUCAGCGAUGUCUCGCCGGGUGUGCCUGCAUGCCCUUCACGAGGCGCAUUGCGCUGGGGCGACAGACGACGAACAGUUGCGACACCAAGCCAACCACGAUGAACUUUACCGGCAAGCUUUGGGCAUCCACUGGGGGGAGGGCGCGCAGCGGGCCGUAUUUGGCGACGCCGAGCACCCGCAGCCCCGCGAGGACUUGCAUGUCGUGGAGGAGCCCGAGCAGGCUGGCGGAAGCGGGUCGUCGUCGAACUCCGAUGAUACGUCGGCGGGCUCAUCGAGCUCUUGCGCGGAGCUCCUCGACCCCGUUGAAGUCCGAUGGCUGCUGCCCGGGAACAAGAAUUCGAAGCUCCACCUGGCGCGCGACGACGGCUUCGACGAGUCGGCCUGCGUGCCUGCGUGCCGGCAGUCGCCCUUCAAAUGGGGUUGUGAGGUUGGAGUAGGGCUGGACGUGGCCGGGCGUACUGGCCGCUCCUGGUCACCCCGAUGCUUGCGCCGUUUGCGCCGGCUUGUCGGGCCAGCUGCUGUGCAGCAGCAUUGCUGCAGCGAGUGACCGCGAGACCCGCCAUCUCAAGCUGUUCAGUGUCGCUCAUCGC